AUGACUCUGCUUCUGAUCGCCGCAUGUCUCGCGGCCCUCUCUUUUGUUCGCCCUGCCACUGCCGGACUUUCCGGCUAUUCUGUCCCCCUCGACGCCUCCCAAGUCCCGGCUCUGCAGGACUGCCAGACGGAGUGGAAGGUGGUGAUGCCAACGUGGAGUGCAGGAAAAGACUGUGCCGUGGCGUCUUACGACCUAACCGGAACAUUUGAGACGCCCAGAGGCAUUCUGUGUGACGACAACGGCAUGGUCACCUCACUGAACAUGGCAUACCAGCAACUCAAGGGAUCCAUACCAGCGUCCAUCGGCAACCUCGUUCAGCUGCAAUACCUAGUGCUGAAUGACAACUUUCUCUCGGGGUCCAUCCCAGACGCCAUUGGCCGGCUUAGGAACCUCAAUUAUCUUUAUCUCAACGGCAAUGAGUUGACCGACGUUCCCCAGUCUAUGAGCGGCCUCUAUCAACUGAAAGAGGUCAAUCUAGCGGAAAACUUACUAAGUGGCAGUUUGCCAAAAGUCUUUGAAAAAUUGAACUUACUGGUCUUCCUGUCCCUGGCUUCGAACCAGCUCGCUGGCGUUUUCACAGGCCUUUCAGUGUCGUCCAGCAUCUCGGCGCUGGACCUUUCGAACAACUAUUUAACGGGACAGUUGAAUGAAUGGCAGUGCAAUAAUAUCAAACUUGCCGAAACCCGUGUCUGCCCACAAUCUGCUGGCGACCUUUUGUGUGCAGGGUCGGUGGGGAUUAGGGAGCUGGUGGAGCCGACCAUUCUCACCAAGGGCACAGAAGAAGCAACGACAGGCGUGUUCACUGCGGGCCGUUUCGACGUCGCCACGUAUCAAACAGUCACUGAUGGCUGUGGCGCCGACCUGCCAAUCCGAGUCGAGUUCACAUUCUUCAUGUUUCCCUCUGCUGGUGGCACGUCUAAGGCGGGUCAGGGGCUCGCGUUUGUGAUUUCGGCGACGAAUGCGGCCGGGACUGGCGGGGAGGGGGGAGGGGUUGGGUACGCUGGCAUGGACGCUCGGAGCAUAGCUGUAGAGUUUGACACGUUCACAGAUGCAGCGCAUGGGGACAUGCCCGGCCACCACGUGGGGCUCAACACCGGCGGCAGCGCCACUUCCAUCAAGGCCGUCCGUUCGCCCUUCACACUCAACAACCAGAGGACCUACACCGCAUGGAUUGACUACAAGCCCGGUGACCCAGGAGGUCCGGGAACGCUGAGUGUGUAUCUGGCUGCGAGUGGGGACAAGCCGGAAACGCCUCUGCUGGAGAGCCCUCUGUCCCUGUGUGACGUGCUGCAGCCAUCGGAAAUGGAUAGGUGGUUCUACUUUGGGUUUGUGGCGUCCUCUGUGGCUCCUUACCAGCAGCAGCACGCCAUCCUCGUGUCGUUCAUUGAAACAGGGUUGACCGUGCCCACACCAUCCAAGCCAGUACCAUCCAGCGUCAUCUCUCCAGCUUAUGGGCUCUCUGUGUCCCAAACAACGUUUCGGCCGGCGAGUGCGAGUCCGUUCACGCGCUAUGUGAGUGCGGCAUAUGCCCUCUCAGGGCAGCAAGACGCCUGGCUCCUCCGCGACCCCUCCUCCUGGGAUGUGCCCUGGCUCUCCUGGCCCAUCAAGGACCAGGACGACUGCAAUGCGUGCUGGGCAUAUGCAGUGGUGGCGAGCAUAGAAGCAGCAUACGGCAUCGCAACGAACAAAGCAGCGCCACAGCUGUCAGUGGACUCGCUCUUUGCAGCCAUGGGGCUCACCACUCAAUCCAAGAAGUGCACCAAAGGAGGCUCCCCAACAGAGGCCUUUGAGAAGCUGCUUGCUCUUCCAAAGAAGGGGCUCACUUUAGCUACCAACAACAUGACUAUCUCUACCAACAUCAUUGCUAGUGUCUUGCCACCAAGCAAUCGAGCUCCUGUGAAGUACUAUCCCGUUCAGGGAUUUGAGCGCACACGGUUCAAGGGGUAUGUGGGGCUCAUGCUGGCAGUGCAGCGGCAGCCAGUGGUGGUUCACAUUCAGGCAUCUGCUCCCACGUUCGCCGCUUAUGACGGGACAUACAAGUACCUGGACCCAGCGUGCUACACAGGCCAGCUGAACCAUGUGGUGCUUGUUGUUGGCUACUCCGUUGUCGUGGGGGACAGCGUGCAGCGACAUAUUGCUCCGCCGUUUUGGAUCAUUCGCAACUCGUGGGGAGCGGAGUGGGGCUAUAAUGGGCACAUGCGCAUGGACAUUCAGCAAGGCGAUGGCGUGUGUGGCAUCAACGUGCUGCCUGGCAUCUACCCAAUCGUCAAGAUUCCUGGGGAUCCUUGCGGUACAAGCAGUUUCAAGGCAGAUCGAGAGUUCGAGCCCACCUUCAACCCGUGCGGUCGCUUCAAGUGCACGGCCCUCGCUAAGAGCAACGGCAACUCCUGCAAGUGCAUUAUCCCAACGGCCUCCUUGCAGCCUUUUGUGGAGGUUGCAAAUGGAGUGGGCGCCACAACAUGCGUUUAUGCCGACGUGUGCGGGUCGCAAUUGAAGAACCCGUGUUCCGUGGGCACAUGCAUCAACGAUGGCAAGGGCUCCUACUCCUGUAUCUGCCCUCCCGACUACAUCCCCAGCCAAACCGUUGAUGGCUUCCCCACCUGCGACCCAGCCGGCAGCUUAGCCACCAGCUUGGCAGUGAGUGGCAGCAACUGGGGCUGCGCUGACGUUCAUCCCCUCAUGGGCCUCACGCUCACCCAGUUCACGCAGCGAAACAAGGCUCUUGACUGCUCAAAGCCUCUGAAGUUGAAUGCGGUGCUCCAGCUUGCUGGUUCUCCUGCCGUCCCCUGCACUGCCUUCUUCUACGUGCUUGCGGGCGACACAUGUGAUUCCAUCGCCUCCUACCUCAGACGCAACAUUGACGACCUCCUGAGCCUCAACCCCGGGCUGAGCUGCGAGCAGGGCAUCAAGGCGGGCCGCUCCGUGUGCGUUGAGCGCAACCCCUCAUUCGCCUUCACCGUCCCACAGUGUCUCAAAUACACCACGCUCACAGCAGAGGAGUCGUGCGAGGUUCUUCUGGAUAGGGCAGGCGGAUAUAAGGGCGUGGGGGCAUCUGCUUGGGAUGAGCUCUACCGCAACAACCCCGGCCUUGUCUGCUCCGGCGCCCUCCCUCCCUCUGCCUCGGCUGCUGGCAGCAAGGCUGGCUUGCAGGUGUGCCUCAAGGCGGAGUACUGGCCAUUUACACUUGGAAGGUGCAUCAAGGGCCGGGCCAAGUCGGUGUCACCAUCGCUGUCAUGUUCAGGCGCUUACACCUUCUAUGGCGGCGCAUCAAGCGCUGCAGCUGCCAAAUUCUCGGAGUACAACGGGAAAGCCUGUGCGAGCAACGUUGGAUCCAAGUACAUUUGUGUGCCACGCUAG